CGUGCCGGAGCCCUAGGUACGUAUCACCCAUCGAGUCCGCCUCCUGGGCUGCUGCCCCGUCGUCCCCUGAUGAACAGCCCUGAAAGGCUGGCUGCCCAGAUUGGAUGCCAGUGGAGGGCUGUGUGCAGCUGCUUGGGCGGAUAUGAAAGUUAGCUGCGUCCACAGGGGAUCGCUACCCAGGGGCCACUCCUAACAUUGAACCUGAACGCCAUGCAGCCGCCUCUCAACGAAUUAGUGGCGAAGGAAUCUGCGAAUCUGGCCGCCGACCCCGUCUGACGGGCCAAUCACCCCCCCACUCGUCGACCAAGCGGCAAAGGGCGAAAAAGGGUCAGUCCGACGAGUGACCCUUUUGCGCGCGCGCGCACCGCACCGCCGCCGCCGCUGGUUAAUUUUUGGGAGUCCCUUGCGAGACACCACCAUCCCCGUCCAUCCAUCCACCGUCUGUCCAUCCAUGCGUUGAAGGUUUAGCCAAGGCGACUGACUGCUGCCGCACCGUUUCACCCCGUCUGUCCACGUCGCUCAUUCACGCACCACCUCGCCAGCAGAAGCCGCCGCCGUCGCUUCUCCUGCAGCCCACGUUCAUUGCCUAGGUUGAUAUCCUGCCCCUCCACCCGACCACCCGUCUGUCACCAACCGUCUUCUCCCCGUCCUCUGCCCCCCCGUUCCUGCUGCCGGCCAUGUCUUCCAACACCGAGACGCUGCCGCUGUUCGAACACGACGACCCGAGCACCAUGGCGCCCAACACGAAAAAAGCCACGGCAGAAUGCAUCUCGGACGAAGCGCUCAUCCACCUCAAAUCGUACAAGUACUCGAGCGUCGACAAGUCCCCCGUCUCGAAAUACAUUCUCGGCCCUUGGUGGAAUUUCUUCGUCGAGCUCCUGCCACUAUGGCUAGCCCCCAACAUGGUCACCCUGCUGGGAUUCUUCUUCAUUCUCGGCAACAUUGGCCUGCUGGUCAUCUUCAUGCCCGACCUGGUCGGCCCGGGACCGACGUGGCUGUACUUUAGCUUCGCGUUUGGCCUCUUCAUGUACCAGACCAUGGACAACGUCGACGGCAAACAGGCCAGGCGGACGGGCACGUCGAGCGGGCUGGGGGAGCUGUUCGACCACGGCAUCGACUCGCUCAACUGCACCCUCGCCAGUCUGCUCGAGACGGCGGCCAUGGGCCUCGGCACCUCGCCCGCCGGCAUCUUCACGGCCCUGGUCCCUUGCCUGCCCAUGUUCUUCUCGACGUGGGAGACGUACCACACGCACACGCUGUACCUGGGCGUCUUCAACGGGCCGACCGAGGGCCUGCUCAUCGCCUGCGGCAUCAUGAUCCUGUCAGGCAUCUUCGGGCCCGGCAUCUACACGCAGCCGCUGGCCAAUCUGUUUGGCGAGUCGCUGCCUGGGCUACGCGAGUGGCUGGGCAAGACGACGUUCCGGGACAUUUGGGUCGGCAUCAUCGUCUUCUCGCUCGUCGUGGGGCACAUCCCCUUUUGCGUUCUCAACGUGGUCCAGGCGCGGCGCAAGAGGAACCAGCCGGUGCUGCCCGUGUUUCUCGAGUGGACCCCCAUGGCCGUCUUCACCAUCUGCAUCGGUGCCUGGGUCUUCUCGCCGUACAGCACGCUGAUGCGCGAGAACCACCUGGUGCUCUUCUGCCUCACCAUGUCUUUUGUCUUUGGCCGCUUCACCACCAAGAUGAUCCUCGCGCACCUGACGCGCCAACCCUUUCCGUACUGGACCGUCAUGCUGUGGCCGUUGGUCGGCGGCGCCAUUGUCGGCAAUCUGCCUCUGUUCGGCCUGCCGGAGGUCAGCCCCCUGGCCGAGCUGUACUACCUCUGGGCGUACUUUGCUUUUGCGUGCGUCGUCUACUUCCGCUGGGCGUACCUGGUGAUCACGAGCAUCUGCAACUUCCUCGGCAUCAACGCCCUCACAAUCCCCAAGGAGAAGCAAAUCGCCAACAAGCAGGCCCGCGAUGCGACCAAGCUGCACUGAGCGCGCGUCGACCCCUGCAUCGAGGAUCUCGGCAGCUUUGCACCCUUUCUGCGCCGAGUCCAGCGCGUCCGAAUAUAGUAUUAAUUGAAGGGGGGCUGGAGUCAUAGCCCGCCAAAACCCAGCGAGCGAAGAGCAUGAUGAGACGUUUUGUUUCAACACACUGGCCGAAUGAAUUGGCCCAGCGUUGCCGCAGCGCCUUGACCCGAAAGCCGCACAGCGGGAUUGACACCCGCGCUAUGAACGCGCCCCCCUUAUCCACUUUGUUUGAUCUUCUUCUAUUCUCAUGUGUUAUAAAACGGAGACCGGACAGAGUGUGCGGCGGCAUGAAACAUCGGAGAUGUGGCGUUUGGGUCGUCUGCUUAUUCGUGUGCAGCUGCGUCGUCGGCGCCCGUCAGUUGAGCCCCAGCGCGCAUGAAGCAGGCAUUGGUUGAAUACAAGGGACGGAAAGUCCUGAUGCAUAUGACACUUGUAUGAAGGUUUUGGC